AUGGUGGACAUCAUCGAAAUCGAUGGUCGAACUAUCACCGGAGAUGAGAAGGAGGAGGAGGAGGAGGAGAAGAAGAAGAAGAAGAAGGAGAAGGAGAAGGAGGGGAGUAGGGGGGAACGGGGAGGGCAUGUUGCUCGCAACCGGCGCCGAAGAACUACGUUCAGUCAUUGCGCGAAACAACAGAGCGCACAUCCAUUUGCGGCCAGUCCUACCUGA